AUGGAUGCUGCGAAGGAAGCCGAUGAUGGCGGUGGGUCUGGCGUCGGUGGUGGGGACAGGGCUGCCCACGGUGCCGAGGACCGCGGCGUAACGGGGGGAGGUGGCGCGGCUCGUGCCUCUCUGGGCUACGGGAGCGGCGCCUUGUUCGACGUUGCUGAGACGCCUGGCGCAGGCGACCUGGCCGCCGGUGUUGCCAUUAAUGGCGCAGGCAGAGCGUCGGGGGAGGCAGAGAGGCUCGGCGCAGCCGGCUCCUCUAGUGGGGCUGGGGACCCAGCGCAGGGGGCCCGUCGGAAGCGCCGUCACCAGCUCGGAGAAAGAGGAAGGUUGAUGAUGCUUUUACAUGCGUUGUUUGAUAAAUUUUUACAUACCGACUAUUUGGCCUUUUUUGUUGACACCUUUUGUUUGGUGGCAUUAUUUUUUGAGGUUUCUAUGCAAUUAACAUGUGUAUUUCUAUACAACACCACGGUGGAAUAUCCGCUCUAUGUUCCAAAAACCCUGUUUGCUCAUUCAUUUGAUAAAAAUAUCACAAAUAUGCAUUGGUUUUCUACUUUAUAUGCAAUCUUGCCUUCAUUUUUAUGCAAUCUUUACUAUAUGGACUGGCUUGACCACCCUGCUGGACCGGCGGAUAGGUUCCAAACUCCCCGCAUCAACAUGUUCACUAGCGAAAUGGUAACCAACUUAAGUAAGGCCGACAAAGUCCAUGAUGGGCAGGCUAUUGAAGGUUACGGAUCGCUGAAUCAAAACAUGGUCACAACAUUUGGCUUUAUGAUUGACGAGGUACCGCGGGCUGUUCGUAAUGACGAGGACGAUGACAAUGAAGCAGAUACGUCCCAACCCUCUUCCACUUAUCCUAGCACGCUGCCUAAUGCAUCACAGUUAUCUAACAGUCAGAUUGAGAACAUGAAUGACUACUUGUUUGAACAACAAGAAGCAAGGAAGCAGAAAACAGUCAAUGAGAUGGGUGAUCAUCAAGAGAAUCCAGAUGUGUCCGGUUCAUGCAAUGAUGACACUGGAAAUGUGCGAGCAAAUUUGGAACACCCGGCCGAAGAAGGUGAUGGGCAAGGCAGUGUUGGCUUGUUCAAUGUGAACCCACGAGUCACAGAAGCAUUGAAUGAAGUCACUCAUAUAUAUAGCGGUCUAGAGAACAUCAAUGAUUUGUCUCAAAGUGGUCCUCCACAGUUCGAUUAUACGCCACAACAACAGGCCAUCUUCAGUGUCCACCGGCAACCCCGUGAUGCAGUCCCAUUGCAGUUUCCAAAUACCCAACGCUUCAUUGAGACCUGCUACGAGAAAGCCAAUGAAUUGUUUAAUCUGCUCGUCUCCAGUGACUUGUCUUUCAAAGACUCUAUCAUUUGCCAUUUCGGGUCUGACAACUCUAGGGCAGGAGAAGUUUGUCAAUACUUUGCCAUCGGAGAAGAUGUUGUUGAUUCCUGGCAAGGAAAGUUGAUCAGCAGCCUAGAUAGGUUCCUUGCAGACCAACAUCAUCUCAAAGGCGUGAAAGAGAUCGUUGUGCCUUUCCUGAGGGGCGGUCACUUCUCAGUUUAUGUGAUCAACUUCAUCCAUCAUAGGGUUGAUAUACCGGAUCCUAACCCUUGGAACUUGAUUAGGGAUGGAUGGAAACAAACACACAAAGGGAACGUCGAGUAUGGGAAGCAUAAGGGGCAAUGGUGCAAGAUAAUGAUGCGUAGGCUUAGUGAAGCAAUUCAGAUUGCAAAGACUGACUCAGGAAUCCCUAAAUUUGGCAACUUCAAAUGUGAGAUGGUAGACAACAUACCCAAGCAAGCGGUUGGAUCAAACGACUACGAGUUCUAUGUCAUGUGGUAUAUGGAGUACUACAAUGUAGGCACCGACAAAGUGAACUGGCCUUAUUCGGCCUCUUCUGAGCAGAUACGGGCUGACAUGCUAUAG